UUGAAUAUUCAGGCACUCCAAUCUUUGGAAGAGAUUCGCCUACCUCAGGAUGGCAUUCGUCCAGCAGGAAUUUGUGCUCUGGCUCAUGCAUUUGCGUUCAACACUGAUCUGCGAAUUAUUGAUCUCAACGACAAUACUUGCACCAAAAAAGGUGCCAUGGCACUAGCCAAGGUUCUUGGCGAGCUUACUCACUUGGAGACUUUGGAUCUUGGAGAUUGCUUGUGUCGUAAUGCUGGAGUGAAAGCAAUUUGUAAGGCUAUCUUCGAUGGAAGGCACAAUAGGCUAAAGUACGUGGAUCUUUCUGGUAACGGCCUGUCCGCUGAUACAGCAAGGGAUAUCAUCAGUACGUGGAAAGAGUUGUAUGCAAGUCGCGGCAAAGAAGUCUCAUUCCCAACAGAUGAUCAGCUAUUGCUGAAGCUUUCAAAUAAUUGCUUUGGAUCGAGUUUCGAUGAACUUGCAAGAAUGGGUCGUCAAGCUCGUGUUGAGUUAGGAGACAUUGAUGAUGACGAGGGCUCGACUGCUGAUGAAGACUCUGACGGAGACAAUGACUCCGAAGAGAGUGAAGAUGAAGAAAACAGCGAGAAUGGGAACGAUCAAUCUCGAGGCGAUGACGGUGAUCUAAAUGCUCUGUUGAAAGGAGUUGGUUGUAUGAAAGUCGUAGAGCAAAAAACGAAUGGUGGAAACGAUGGAGACGUUGUUUCUUUCCUAGAUAAGCAGCUGAAACUCGAUACAGCGCAAGAUGCUGAGCCUGUUGCAAGACAGAUUGAAGAACAGAAGCGGAUGCGUGUAUUGGAGCUGCGCGGGAAUACCCUCGGAAUUGAAUCAGGGAAACGUAUCGCUGAGGCUUUGAAGAAACAUCCGGAGCUGGAGCGCUGUCUAUGGAGCGAUAUGUUCACCGGCAGGCUCAAAAACGAGAUUCCUCCAAUAUUGAAGUGUUUAUGCUCAGCAAUGAUGUCAGUGAAUUGUCACAUAACAGAGCUAGAUCUUUCCGACAAUGCAUUUGGUCCUAUUGGAGCUGAAGGCAUCCAAGAGUUUCUUGUUUCUCCAGCUGCUUACUCGUUAGAAGUUUUGAAACUCAAUAAUAAUGGUCUUGGAGCAGGUGGAAAGGUGAUCGCGCAAUGUCUUUCUCAAUGCCACGAUAGUUCUGUGAAAGCGGGCAGGCCACUGAAGUUGAGAACUUUCAUAGCGGGUAGGAAUCGUCUCGAAGUCCCAGGAGCCACGGCUUUAUCAUCAGCAUUUGCGAAAAUUGGAACGCUCGAAGAGAUCGCUGUACCUCAGAAUGGUAUCACUGCCAUGGGCAUAGGGGCGCUAGCUUCCUGCUUCAGAUCGAAUCCCAACUUGAAAGUGAUCAAUUUGAAUGAUAACACAGCAACGCAGAUGGGUAGCGAAGUUAUCGCGAAGUCUCUUUCGGCCUUGAAGAAUCUGGAAGUUCUGAAUUUGGGUGAUUGCUUAUGUCGAGAUCAAGGAUGCCAUGCCAUUGUGGAUGCGCUAUCACCCAUGGUGCAUAAGAAUUUGAAAAUGCUCGACAUCUCGGGAGCGGAAUUGUCUGGCGCUGCUGCAAAACAAAUCAUAGAAAAGUGGAGGAAGUUUGGGUCUGGAGCCCAACUGAUCAUUUCGGCCAAUAACUUCGGCAGUAUGUUCCCAGAAAUCAAGAAGAUGGCGGGAGCGAACAUUAUUGUGGGAGAUGAAGAUGAUGAUCAAGGUUCCAUAAGUACCGAUGAUGAAGAAAAGAUGAGUGCCGAAGACAGUGAUAGUGAU